AUGGCGCCAAAUCGCCGCCACCUCCCGUCAUUUACAUUCAUGGCCACCACCACCGCCGUCCUCCUCCUCCUCUUACCUUCCUACGCCUCCGCCGGACACGACUACCAUGACGCCCUCCGCAAGAGCAUCCUCUUCUUCGAGGGCCAGCGCUCCGGCCGCCUCCCGCCCGACCAACGCCUCCGCUGGCGCCGUGACUCCGCCCUCCACGACGGCGCCUCCGCGGGGGUGGACCUGAGCGGAGGCUACUACGACGCCGGGGACAACGUGAAGUUCGGUUUUCCGAUGGCGUUCACAGCCACAUUGCUGUCGUGGAGCAUCAUCGACUUCGGGCGGAGCAUGGGCGGCGGCGAGCUCGGGAACGCCGUGAGGGCCUUGAAGUGGGGCACCGACUAUCUCCUCAAGGCCACCGCCCACGACGGCGUGGUGUUCGUGCAGGUCGGGGAUCCUCUCUCCGACCACAACUGCUGGGAGAGGCCCGAGGACAUGGACACCCCGAGGACGGCAUACAAGAUCGACGCCGCCCACCCCGGUUCCGACGUCGCCGGAGAAACCGCCGCCGCGCUCGCCGCCGCCUCCAUCGUCUUCCGGUCACGCGACCCGGCCUACUCCAGGCUGCUGCUCAAUCGUGCCGUUAAAGUAUUCGAGUUUGCUGACAGGCACCGUGGCGCCUAUAGUGCCAGCCUACGCCAUGCCGUCUGCCCUUUUUACUGUGAUAUCAAUGGUUACCAGGAUGAAUUGCUGUGGGGUGCGGCGUGGCUGCACAAGGCGUCUCGUAGGCGAGAGUACAGAGAAUACAUAGUGAGAAACGAGGUCGUUUUACGGGCGGGAGAUACGAUUAAUGAGUUCGGAUGGGACAACAAACACGCCGGGAUUAAUGUUCUUCUUUCCAAGGAUGUUCUUAUGGGCAGAGCUGUGGACUUGAAACAGUUCAAGAUAAAUGCAGAUGGCUUCAUCUGUUCACUCUUGCCUGGACUUUCUAAUACUCAGGUCCAAUACUCACCAGGGGGACUGAUAUUCAAGAAUGGAGGAAGUAACAUGCAACAUGUAACAUCCCUAUCCUUUUUGCUUUUGGCCUACUCUAAUUAUCUUAGCCACGCCAAUCACAUGGUGACAUGUGGCGCCACCUCGGUCUCCCCUGCCCUCCUCAAGAGGUUGGCCAAGCGUCAGGUUGACUACAUUCUCGGGGAUAAUCCGUUGAGAAUGUCGUACAUGGUGGGCUACGGGCCGCGUUAUCCACAGAGGAUCCACCACCGGGCUAGCUCCUUGCCUUCCCUUGCGGCCCACCCGCAGCGUAUAGGCUGCAAAGCUGGAUCCCGUUACUUCCUCAGCCCAAACCCCAACCCUAACCUCUUGCUUGGGGCCGUUGUGGGUGGGCCGGACAGCUCAGACGCGUUCCCCGACUCCAGGCCUUUCUCUCAGCAGUCCGAGCCCACAACGUACAUCAACGCCCCGUUAGUGGGCCUGCUCGCCUACUUUUCAGCCCAUCCUUGA